UGGGACGCCAUUGUACGAGGACGUGGACGCUAAAAUAUGUGGAACGUUGACUUUGUUCAUAUUCAAUUAAGACUCGCCGGGUUUUACAAUAAUCCAAUCUCGCCCUAGCCAAGUUGCAUUCCAGUUCGUGUUUGUAAUUAAGGUAUUAUCAAAAUAUUUAAAGUGCAAUAAUUCUUCAUUUGUUUUAUAUUUGCCAAGAAAUUACAAAUGCGCAAACUGCUCAUGUACAUUUCCUACUUGGGAACAAACUAUCAGGGACUACAAUUGCUAACCAGCAGAACAGUGAAAGGGGACUUGAGAAGAGUCGUUCCGGAGUACCACACGGUUCAAGGAGUUUUAGAACAAGCACUGAGGAAAGUGUUGCAAUUAAAUGAGGUCGCUGUCCACAACAGUUCGCGUACCGACAGCGGUGUUCAUGCCUUAUCUUCCACCGUCCAGUUUGAAGUCAGCGAUAAUGACUUUUCCGUCUCCCCCUUCUCUCCAGAAAAAAUAUGCAUGUCUCUGAAUUACUUUUUGGAAAAACACCAGACGGAUAUCCGUAUUCAAAGAGUGGCAGAAGUUCCAAUUGAAUUUAAUUGUCGGAAUGCUUAUUCAAGAACUUAUAAUUACAGGAUAGCUUUAGCUAAAACCAACGAUUUUGAAAAUUGUUAUUCAUUUAUGAAAUUAAGUGCUUUCAUGCCGAUUACGGAACUAUAUAAAGCUCAAGUUGUACCACAGCCAUUUGAUGUAGAAGCCGUUCAGCAAGCUUGUCGAGUAUUUCUAGGAAAAUGGAAUUUCCGAAGUUUUGCGACUUUUGCCACAACAUCCAUUAAAGGAAGAGGGAACAGAGAACCUUUGAAAGAGGAGGAUCUGAUAAAAACAAUUUUCAAAUUUUCAUUUUCAAAAUCUAAGAUUGACUUCGAAAAUUUUGACGUGCCGACAUAUUAUUACCGGGAUCCGGCUUGUAACAAGUUGGACUUUUAUGAUUUUCAUGUUGAAGGAAGUGGGUUCCUUCGAAGACAGGUUCGGCGAAUGGUGGGAAUUUUGUUGGGAGUAGGACGAGGAAUUAUCUCAUCCAAUGAUAUUUUACAAUUGUUGAGCAAUCCAAACGACAGUUCAUGGCCAGGGUGUAUUUCUGGCUCUCUCCCAGAAGGUUUAUUUCUAAAAUCUGUGAACUAUAAACAUAUUGAUAUUCUCAGAGGGCCACUUUCAUAGACUAUGCGUCCUUCUAUCCAUUCUGCUCAAA